AUGGGACAUAAGGAGCAUGGAGGGACUUGGCACAUGGAAGCAGCUCAACUGGACACGCAAAGGAAGAAGGGAGAAGCCAUCUUGAAGACCAGCUCGACCGUCUACUCGACCAACCGGUCGAGUUCCUCAACUCGACCGGCCAAGCUUCAACUCGAUCGAGCUGGGGAGUCAAAAACUAAUCCCAUCUUUGUGUUCUUGAAGCUCUUGCUUCUUGAAUCUUAG